GGGGUUGGCGCGCGGAGGAGUGGCCGCUGCCUCCGGGGGCCGCGGAGGGAUCCAGUGGCGGAGGCGCACCGAGCUGGGCGAGCAGUGCGAACAAGUGGCGAGGAUGAAGGACCGGCUGGCGGACCUGGCCGCGUGUAAAAAAAAUGGAGAAGAUGGAGAAUCAACUAUUGUUGUUGAAAAAGACCAUUUUAUGGAUGAAUUCUUCCAGCAGGUUGAGGAUCUCAGGAAUAGUAUAGAUGACAUCUCACAAAAUGUGGAAGAAGUUAAGAAAAAGCACAGCAUUAUCCUGUCUGCACCAAAUCCUGAAGGCAAAACAAAGGAAGAACUUGAGGACCUAAACAAAGAAAUUAAGAAAAUUGCUAAUAAAGUUCGAGCCAAAUUAAAGACAAUUGAACAAAGUUUUGAACAGGAUGAGAAUGCUAAUAGAACUUCAGUGGACCUCAGGAUACGAAAAACACAGCAUACAGUAUUGUCCCGCAAGUUUGUAGAGGUCAUGACAGAAUACAAUGAGACGCAGACACUUUUUCGUGAGCGCAGUAAAGGACGGAUACAACGACAGUUAGAAAUAACUGGAAAAACCACCACUGAUGAAGAACUGGAAGAAAUGUUAGAAAGCGGUAAUCCUUCUAUUUUCACUUCUGAUAUUAUAUUAGACUCCCAGAUUACUAGACAAGCUCUAAAUGAAAUUGAGUCCCGUCAUAAAGAUAUUAUGAAACUGGAAUCCAGUAUACGGGAACUACAUGACAUGUUUAUAGACAUGGCAAUGUUUGUUGAGACUCAGGGAGAAAUGAUCAACAACAUAGAAAAGAAUGUGAUGAAUGCAUCAAACUAUGUAGAGAGUGCUAAAGACAAGACGAAAAUAGCGGCUAAAUAUCAAAGUAAAGCACGAAGGAAAAAGAUGUACAUAAUUAUUUGUGUAACUGUCUUGCUUGUGAUCCUUGGAAUUAUCCUAGCAACCACGUUCUCAUAGCAAGCAUAUUCCAGGAAUUAUGAAUCUUCAGACACUCUAAAUCACAGCUACACUAAAACCAAAUACUGUAGUUUUGUGUAAGGGAUGUUUUACACCAAGUUACCAUGAUGAGCUAUCAUUAGAAAUUUAAAAAUGAAAACUCAGUGGCCCUUAAUGUUUAACACUAUUGGAGAAUUGGUCUGUUUAUGGGAUGUGGGUUUGGAUUUUAAUUCUAAACUGCAUGCGUUUGUGAGCAUGAACCCUGUUUUUAACCAUUUUAAAAGUAAAGUUAUUUGAGAAAUCUGCUUUUGAUUUCAUAGUGUUAUGAACACAAUUUAAUUAACAAAACACUAAAUAGUUCUAUAUUUGUCUUUACUCUUCAAUUGCUAAUAUAAAUCUAAUUAAGAAUGUUGGUAGCACAUUUGUGUUCUCUUUUUAUUAGGCAAAUAAUUGAUUUUUGAACACUUUUAAUGAGUUGCUAGCCAUAACUUUAACUACAACAUUAGCUGUUCAAUCAUCUUUCUGUAUCUAGUUUUUAAAGAGAAAUAUCUUCCCCUGUGCAAGUACUGCAUUAUUUUAUUUUCAAACUCAGUUUCCACUUAAGGAUGAUAUUAUACAACUGUUUUUCAUUGAGAAAAAUCCAGGUUCCAGAAAGCUUAUGAAAAGGAACUGAAAUGGCUCCUUUUUAUAGUGACUAUAAAAUAUAAACUGUUUUUUAAAGUCUCUCCAGAAGAUGAUUUGGAAAGUUUUGCUCAACAACACUGCAGCAAGUUGCAUUAACGUAGAAUUUUAAAAAAGGCCUGGAUUUCACACAUCACUGUGAAGCUUGCUGUUCAAUUUUGUAUUAUUGAUAUUAAUUUGCUGUGUUUUAAAAAAGAUUUUAAGCAAUUCAUCCACAUAAUUAAGAAAAUGGUUGCAAUACUUUCCUGGCAUAAUAAUGCAAUAAUGAAUCGCAAAUAGCAUUUGAGCUUUUUGGAAAGAUAUGCACGAUAAAUUGUAUUUUAGACCAUAACACUGAAUUGACUGAUCCGUUUAGCCUUACAAUUUAUGUCAGUAUGGCCAAAUCCCAUACUUCAUCUUGUUCCUCAAAGCAAAAAUCAAGCCUUAAUUUUCUAGUGUUUUGAAAAUGGUAGUCCAUGAUGAAAGCGAACAGAACCAAAUAUGCUUCUUUUGGUUGCAUUUUAGUUUGGGGUUUGCUAAGUGAGACACCGAUUUGUUAUGAAAUUUACUUUUGUGAAUUUAUGUAACAUGUAUGAAGUGUUUAGUAUUAAUAAUACGCAUCAGUUAUGCUAGUCUGUAAAGUUUUAAACUUUUCAAAUGUAACCAAUAUAACUGAACUUACUGUUACAUUCUGUACUUGUAUCUUUCUGUGUAAAAUGUUUGUAAUUUGUAUUUUAAUUUCUCAUUGUUUAAAUAUAUUUGUGUAGAUAUGUUGAGACAAGUGUCAAACAAGUAUAAUGGGUGCCUUCUUAAUACCUGGCCUAAAACUUUGUUUGUUUGUUAUAAUUGAAAAUAUUACUCGCCUUGGAGAUAAUGUUAAAUGUAAAACCUUUUAUUAUUCCUGCAGUUUACUAAAUACUUAAACAUUAAGAUAUAUUUUUAUUUAAAAUAUCUGACAUCCACGUUAUACACUAAAAUGUAGCUUUAAGAAUACAGCCCAUUUAACUGCUUCCUAGUAUUCAGCAAUGCGUACGAUAUAUAGCAUCUAUUGAGGCGUAUUCCUGCACAAUAGUGCCCAAAUGUACUGUGAAUUUCUCUUCUGAUUUGUAGCUAGUCCUAAACAAACUUGUAAAAAAAAAAAAAAA